AGAUGGGUACAAACAACUGUCUUGUCAUGUUGAUUCAGUCUUUGAACCACAAGAAUGCUCCUUUCCUUUUGAUGGAAAGUGACCGGUUGAUCUGCAGCCUUCCUCAAGUGAAAUGGACUGAGAAAGCUGUUGCCUUGGCAUCUAGGCUACAGGAAGAAUGCAUAGCCUUUAUUGUGGCAAACUUCCUACAUAUAGUGAAAAACGAAGGCUUUUAUAGUUUUUUGCAGGCACAGGCAAUGAGCAGCGAACCUGACCUUCUAGAACUAAUUUUUAAUGCAAUUGAAAGAAGUAUUAAUACUGAAAAUAGCUGCUUGCUUCUUGUAGCUGUGGAUAUAUUGUUGAACUCCACAAAUGUGAAAGAGAUGGGUUUUACGUGCAAGAUCCAGGCUCUGCGUGAUAAGCUCUGGGUCUUCCUGGUUCAGUCUUUCUAUGCUGUUCGUCACACAGAAAGCUGGAAGCUGAUGAAACCAGAUCAUCAACAAAAAAUAGAGGCAGCUGCUUUUGACAAAGGUGAUGAUCGAAGACUUGGCAAAAAACCUAUAUUCAGCAGCUCACAGCUAAACAAAGCCAUUAGUGAAUCAGUUGGCAUAAAGAAUACAUUCUGGACAGAACAAGGCAGGAAAGAUUGCUGGGGAGAUACUUCCACUAAUCAGGAUAAAAUGAAAUCUGAUGGAUUAGGAGCAUCUGGACAUACAUCAAGCACCAAUAGAAACACUGCUAAUAAGGCUUCAAAGAAUGAGGAUGUAAAGGGGAAAGAUGGCAAAAAAACAGUUUCCAAGAUUACUAAAGAUUCAAAACCUGGAGAAAAAGUUUCUUCACCAAAGGCCAGAGCUGUUAUAAAGCCAAAAAUAGAAAAUAAUGGGAAUGUAAAAGCUGAAAGUUUGCUUUCCAAGCAAGAUGUUGAAAAGGCAUCAUCUGCAAGUGGACAGAAAAAUUCAGGAAGUGGCAAAGGACUAAAGAACCAAGAGGGGAAAAUCGCAGGUGCCAGACCUAAAGUGCUGACGGGAACCUCGAGUGUGCAGGUCAAAAUCAAACCACUGAAAAAAACCACAGGGAAGGAAUCUCCCUCCUCCCUAGCUGGAGCAGGAGCUUCCAGCAAAUCAACACAUUCAAGCGUGGAUAUCCAGACUGCCAGUGAACAGACAGAAGAACAGAAAGAGGAUAAAUCGGUAGAAGAAGAAAAAAGAAAUACUGGGAAAACAAAGUCUUUGUUGAAGACAUCAAAUGGACUCAUCAACAACAAAAAAAAGACUGAGCUUGAAGCUAAUGUUGGAGCAAGCAGUGUGACAAAAAAAUCAACUGGAAAAGGGUGUAAUGAACAAAACGUGCAAACUGUUCUGAAGAAAAAAGGGACUGUGAGUAGCAAUUCUGCAACUCAGCAAAAGGCGCAGAACACACCUAUCAAUUCUCCCAAAAACCAAGGAUCUCAGGUGGGAUCACCAAAUUCACUGAAAUCAGGAAUGUCUCCAAAACAAAAUGAAGAAAAAUGUGUUAUACAACAUCUGUCUCAGACAACACUUUCAGAAAAAAAUCCUUCAACUAAGAAAAAGAGCAUUAAACAGGUGCAAACACCUGUAGCAAAAGUCUCUGCAAAAAUAAUAAUGUCUAAAACUCAGACUCCAUCAAAGCAUGGUGAGAGUAUGAACAAUAAAGACACAAAAUUGAAAACAGCUGGGCAAGCUCUAUUAAAAUCACAGUCCUCUGCCCAAAAACAUUCAAGAAGUGAAUCUCCUGUUGUCCAGAAGACUAUUCACACCUCUGAGCACAGAGCUUCAGGACAGAAACUUGAAAAACAUAUGGCUGAUGCUGUUCAGCUUCAUAAUAACGAAUGCAGCUCUGCAAAGCAGAAUGAAUGUGUGAAGUCUUUGGUGGCAGAAGGCAAAGGAGAUGUACUUUCGGAAUCCCGUCAACAUGAUAAACAGAAAUUAUUGAAUCCUCCCGACAGUGGGGAAUACAAAUUACAAUCUGAUUCUUCUUCUCCUCUAAUUACCGAACAAACUAUUCUGAAAACGAAUGUUUCUGUCCAAAAUGAAGUGGAAGCAAAACACAUAUGUGGAGAUGCAAUUGAAAUUAAACAGCUUAAAGAUGCAAAAACAGAUGGGAAUAUUCCUGAAUUUCACUGUCACGCCGAGUCUACUAGUGAUGGAUACUCAGACUUUUCCAAGGAAAGCAAUCAAAAGGCUGCUGCUUCAGGAGAAAGGGUGACACAUUCAGAAGCAACAAAAGUCUAUGCUGAAAAAAGUAAUGCAUUAAACGCAGAAAUGGGUCUUACCCAGGGUGAAAAUAUUUUACCAAACUUCUCUAAAAGGAUAUCCAAUAAAGAGGAUGAAAUAUCAUCUCAAAUUAAUACAAAGGGAUUUCUGACAGCUGAUGAGUCAUGUGAUAGAUCAGCCUUGACUGAAUAUAAAUCACUUAAAGAAGAUUUACAUGAUAUUUCAAAAUGUACCACUGAACAAGCAACAGAAAAAUGUUCACUUAAUUACAUAGAGCCUAUAGAUGCUACAGAAAUGCCAGAAAACCAUGAAAAUGCAGAAAUUCCCUUUGUGGACCACUGGAGCACAGGGACACUCGAUCCAAAAGAGAGUCCUGAAUCAGAUACUGGCAGUGCAACCACAUCCUCUGAUGAUAUAAAACCACGAUCAGAAGAUUAUGAUGCUGGAGGCUCUCAGGAUGAUGAAGGAUCCAAUGAAAGAGGGAUUUCCAAAUGUAGCACUAUGUUAUGCCAUGAUUUUCUUGGGAGAAGCAGCAGUGAUACAAGUACACCUGAGGAAUUAAAAAUUUAUGACAGCAGCCUAAGAAUAGAAGUGAAAAUGAAAAAAGAGGGUUCUGAUGUAUUCCGUGUUAAUUCAACAAGUGAUGAUGAAAUACCAAGAAAAAGAUCUGAGAUCUGGUCACAUCAAGAAAGUGCAAGAAGGACCAAUACUAGAGAAAGUGAAAGCUCUACUUUUGGCAAUGCACAGUUUACUCAGGAAACAGACCAGGUUUCCUCUUCUGCUGAUGAAACUGAGGAGGACAGGUCUGAAGCAGAAAACGUUACAGAAAACUUUCCUUCAUCGGAUGUACCCACUCAGCAGUUUCAAGGAAUUGAUAAUUUGGCUUUUGAAGAUGCAACAGAAAAUAAUACUGCAAGUCAGGAGUUUUCUAAAGGUAAAAAUUUCAAACGAUCCGUUUUACUUUCAGUAGAUGAAUGUGAAGAAUUGGGAUCAGAUGAUAGACUAGAAGCUCCUACAUCACGUCAGCAUUCAGUAGAUUCUCUUACUCCUUCAGAUGUAUUUGACAGUGUUUCUCAUGAGCAUCACGGGCCAGCUUUUUAUUCAAGAUACUCAUUGGAGAUUGAAGAUGGAUUCCUGGACUGCAAACAGCAUAAGGACAGAGACAACAGACUGGAUAACAGUGAAAGUUCCCUUCUUUGUGAUACUGAGAUUCCAGGAAAGGAGAAUCAAGGUGCUUCAAUGACUGGAGAAGACUGUCCAGAGAAGGGGUAUUCUGCAGCCAGUUGGUGUCCACCAGCAGAAAAGCAAAAAGUAAAUAUGAAAAAUGAAUUGGCUAGUGAAUUUCAGCAGUGCAAUAAAUACUUAGACAAUGAUGCAAAAUCGCAAGAAAGGCCAUGUCAUCUAGAUCUUCAUCACAGAGAUGCUGAUUCUGAUCUGCAAAAGAGCAGCUCUAUAAAACCUGUAGAACCCGAUAAGAAUCAAUUACUGGCUCAGGAAGGUCAAGUGAGAGACAGUCAACCAGCAACUACUGAAUACGCUAAUACUGAUUUACUUCCAGGAGACAUAGAUGAUUAUGACACAAUGGCACAAACCUGCAUGUAUGAACAUCGACCUCCAAAAACCCUUUCUCCAAUAUAUGAGAUGGAUGUUGGAGAAGCAAUUGAGCAGAGGAUGGAUUCGGAAACAGCAGAUCUAGAUGUGGAUUUCGAAGAUCAGCAAUUUGCAGAACAGGAUUGGACUCUUCUCAGGCAAUUAUUAUCUGAGCAGGACUCAAAUAUAGGUUUCAAAAACUCUGUUCCUGAAGACCUUAAUUUAGCACAAUGUCUUAUCAAUCAGACACUGUUUCUGGCAAGAGAUGGUUCGAAUCCUCAGGGUACAUCACAAGUUGACACUUUCAGUAGGUGGACUGAAAUAAUGUCUCCACUUGAUGAUUCUUCAGCAAGCAUUACAGUGGCAAGCUUUUCAUCUGAAGACUGUUCUUCUCCUCAAGGGGAAUGGACAAUCCUUGAACUGGAAACCCAUCAUUAAGGUGAUUAAAUGUUUGCAAAUGGACUCCAAUCCAUUUCCCAAAUCUAUUUUUGAUGUGCUGUUUCCAUACAAUAAUUAAAUACUGCAUCAGUCAAGAACAUGCAGUUCUUGAUACUGAGGCAAUCUUUCUGAUGUGAGGAGGUAAAUACAUUAAUUUAUAAACUAGAUUUAAUCACAAGUACCAUAAUUUUUCAAGGCUUAAAUGUAUGUCUUUUUCUAAAAUCAAUUUUGAGCAUGUAUUUUCUAGACUUGUUAGAAAAAACAGAUGAUUUGAAAGAAAAAUCUAGGGUUCUCCUCUCCCUUUUAUACUCCUUUCUGCCAUUUAAUGUUCUAAUUGAGCAAGAAUUUAAAGAUGACUCCAGAACUAGUAGAGCUCUUCCCCCUCCUUUUUUUUUUCUUUAUAUGGUGACUUGAUUUUACAACAAUAAAGAUUUAGAACAGUUGUGUCAAAAGGUGAUGUGUGCCAACACUGCUUUAAAUAACAGAAAGGUAUACUUGUGUUUACAGAGAAUGUUUGAAUAUGAAUCUGCUUUGGGCUUUAUUAAUAUGAGCAGCUUGUUCCGUCUCUCUCUUCCAGAUUUGAUUUUUG